AUGCCUUUAACUCCGGAUUUUUGGAUCACACAAGAUUCUGAUUUCCUUCAUUUCACUAUCAAAUGUCCUAAUGUUCGUGCUAAAGACAUGGAACUUGUCGUUGCUGAUACAGAGUUUAAUUUUAACGCAGAACCAUAUAUGUUGAUCCUUCACUUUCAACAUUCAUUGAGAGAUGGUGAAGGAUGCACUGCUUCAUAUGAUAUUGAUGCAGGAAUGUUUACCGCUACCAUUAAAAAAGCAAUUCCUGGAGAAGAUUUUCCAGAAAUUCUUUUACUAACAACAUUAAAAGCACCACAACCACAAAAGAAAGAAUUAUUUGAGGUUGUAAGCAGAUCAACCGCUCUUGAAUGGACAGAUGAUGCACCAGAUAUUUCUCAUUAUGGAUUCAACUUCUGGGCAAUAGAUUUCUUCGAAAAUAUGGGUGAAAUUCUUCCAUACGUUGCUGAAAUAUCAGAUCCAGAUCAUACAAUACUUCCUGCGCGCACAAAAAUGAGAAUUGAAAAAGAAAAUGACGAUUACGAUCCAGAUCGUGUAAUUUUCGAUCAUGUAAAUCCAUAUCCUAUCAAAGUCGAGCAUCUUAACAAUCUUUUAACAGAUUUUACUCCAGAAGAACGCAAGAAAUUAUUAGAUAUCAAACGUCAAGAAUUUUUGAUGUGCAGAGAUGUCGCGAAGUCCUCAUUUUACUCAAUAGCCGAAGUCUGCUACUCAUCUGUCAUGGAUAUUGUCUGCUUUGGCCCAGAAGGCUCAUGUCAAUCAAAUUGGACAAUCGCACAGCUCUCUCCGACCCUUUCAUGGUUCGAUUCUUUCCCCACAGCCCGCGAAAUGAUUAUCGCAACUGUUAGAAGAACAAUGGUAUAUAACGUAUCAAGAAGUUUUUCUUUGGCCGAGACAGUUUGGAAAGAAACAGAGAAGUUUAUCAAAGCUGGAAGGACACCGAUCAUCAAAGCUCUUAUUCGCGCAAAAAGCGCAUUAGAAAAAGCAGAACACAGAUGGAGAUUAAACAAAUUGUACAUCGAUCCAAUGAUAUCGUGGAUACAAGAACUCAAGGAAGAAGAGUUCCAAGAGUUUUCUAAAGAAGUUUGCAAUGAAAUUGAUAAUUUCGUUACAAAAGAUGAAGUUGACUACGACUGGGCCAUCGAACUAUGCGAAAAAUACGCUGUUCAGUUAAAAGAAAAUGGAGAAUUGGACCAAUACGACCAAGUUAAUGAUUUAGACGUUCUUAAAGAGAUGGAUCCACAAGAAAUCGAAGAGGAAGACUUCGAACAUAACUAUGAACCUGUUGAUAUCUAUUCCAGUUAA